CUUCUGCCGCCAUAACCACGCACGACCAGGCAAAGUGUACGCUUCUAAGAAAUCAGGAUAUAUUGCUUCAUUAUUGACUCGGUACCUAUUAUACUACUUAAUAUUGCAUUGUCAUAAAGAAAUCAAAGCAUCUACAAACCUCCUCUAGCCUUCUCAAGCUUUAAUUGCGCUAUUCGUCGAUCCUUUACCGUCACACUGGUGCUGUGCUCUUGUAAGGCUGAAAAUAGGCUUCGGCUGGCAAGGCUACGGCGGGAUAAUCCUCUGUGUCAUUCGCGCCAACACCGAGCUAUCAACUUCCACAAGAGCGGAACCAGAUUCCCAGAUCUCCAGAUCUCCAGAUCUCUUGGGGCCGGUUUCCAGAACAACAACACUGCCAGAACAGACCAGGUCCUGCGAGCUAUUCUCCAAAUUCAACCUCGUCGCCGUUAGACUACAAUACCCUUCCCCAUCCACCAUGGCAGCAAACACAGAGGAUGGAGGGCCAAGCCUCCAGAAUGAGGCCACAACUAAUGUAGCCCCGGAGACUGGGAUUACUGCCGACGAGAUUGCCCUGUACGACCGUCAGAUCAGGCUCUGGGGCGUCAAGGCCCAAGAGAAGAUCCGGAAUGCCAAUGUCCUCCUCAUCAGCAUGCGAGCACUCGCGAAUGAAAUCGCAAAGAACCUCGUGCUGGCAGGCAUCAACUCUCUUACGAUAAUCGACCAUAGCAUAGUCACGGAGAGGGAUCUGGGCGCACAGUUCUUCAUCUCGGCGGAGGAUGUUGGGAAAAACAGGGCUGAGGCGGCGGCACCACAGGUCCGGAACCUCAACCCGAGAGUUAAUGUCAUAGUCGAUACGGAUGAUAUUAGCAUCAAGGGGCCUGGAUAUUUUCAGAAUUACGAUAUAGUUAUUGCGACAGACCUUCUCCCAGAUACCCUCAACCUCAUCAACACAGCAACGCGAGUGAACAACAAGCCCUUCUACGCGGCAGGCGUGCAAGGGCUCUACGGCUUCAUCUUCGCCGACCUCAUACAACAUGACUACGUUAUCGAGCGCGAGAAGGGCAACCGAGAAACACUCUUACAGCCCGAGACACGCACACGCUCCGUCAUCGACGCGAAAACCAAAAAGGAAGGCGGAAAGCUCAUAGAAAUGGUCACCAAGCGCGAAGUCUAUUCAACCUGGUUCCUAGCCAGCGACACCGCGCCUCUACCCCAAGAUUAUGCAAAAAGCCGCCGCCGUCUAAAGGCCGUCACCCCAAUCCUGUCCUGCUUCCGCGCCCUCUGGGAAUUCCAACAAAUCUACGACGGCCGCUUCCCAAGCAACCACGCCGACAUCGCCGCCUUCACCACCCUAGCGACUUCAAAACACAGAGCCCUCGGUCUCCCGACAGAGACGUUGCGUGCUGAGGUCCUGCGCAGCUUCCUCCAGAACUUAGGCGGUGAGGUCGCCCCCGUGACAGCUAUUCUAGGCGGACAGGUAGCGCAGGAUGUCAUCAAUGUGCUCGGGCAGCAGCAACAGCCCAUCCAGAACCUAGUGCUCUUCGAUGGGGAUCUAAUGGAGGCGCCGGCUUACGCUCUGCACCCUGACGGCGAUCUGGGUGUAGCGCUGCUCCCUCUCUCCGCGGCGGCGCAGAAUGGGAAUGCGCCCGGUGCGCCAAAUGGAGAGAAUUGAUUUUUGGGUUGGAUAGCUUGCGACGCCGCCACGUACUGGUUCGCGGCCCGGGGAAAACGGCGCCGCAGAACGGGGUCUAGGCGUAAUAAGGCGUUGAAAAGUAGAGCAUAG